AUGGAGCGUGUUGAAAAUUAUGAAAACGAGGAGGCGCUUAAAGAAGUAUGGUCCAGAGAAUAUCAGGAUAUAAUUAUUGAAAGUCGACAACAUGGAGAAGAAGAUAUAGAGAUGGAAUUCGAAAAGCAACAGCAGUUGCUUGCUGAGAAGAUCAACGACUUAUAUAAAGAUAAUAAAGACAUAAAGAUAUUAGAUUUUGGAUGUGGGACAGGUCCAGUGGCAGAUAAUUUAAAAACAUUCGGUUUCACGGAUAUUGACGGUGCUGAUUGCAAUCAGGAUUUGUUGGACAUGGCCCGUGAAAAAAACGUGAUGAAGAAAUUGUUCGUAGGUAGAGGUGUGGAGGGGCUUCUCGACAUUCCAUCAGAUACCUAUGAUGUUGUUUGCGCCACAGGCGUAUUCUUCGGUGCUGUGUCAUAUCCUGGCACUGAGUGUUUCGAAGAGAUUUCUCGAAUUAUCAAGAAUAGUGGCCAAUUAAUUAUUUUAGCAAAACACAGUUAUUUAACUGAAUCCUAUAUAGAUUAUGACAGGAUUAAAAAGUUGGAGGAAAAGGGUGUAAUGAAGUCAAUUCCUACGAGCUGGGUAUAG